AUGAACUUCGACGAGAAUCAGUGGUACCAUGUGUACAUCGGUAGCAACAAGAACAACGCUUUCGUAGGAACGCCACUCGUUUUUGGCGACCCUCUCCUUGAAGACACAACCAAGCACAACACAACCACCGGCUCCGUGUUCAAGUCCACAAACCAGAUAGAGUUCGACGAAGACACGCAAAAAUGGCAAAUCGUUCCUAUCGACUCGGAAUAUUAUGUCUUGAGGACAUUGGGCGGAGGAGUCCACGGAUAUCUAUCCACAAACUACGCAGCAGACCGGUCAAACCUGACAAGCCGUACGCUGGGGCGCAUGACCAGAGAUAAUGUUUCGGACGCCUCGGUGUACUGGAAGAUCACGUCGUGGCGCGACGGCACGUUCCAGCUGACAAACAAAGCGAAUGGGACAGACUGGCUCCUAGAAAUUGGUGGUGAACACGAUGAGGACGACGGUACAGAAGCGCAUAUGUCGUCGAACUUUACCGUCAUUCCUAGGAGGUCGUUCUCGUUUGAAGCGAUCGAGCCGGUCAAUGGGACAGACAUCGGAAAAAUCGACAACCCAGAUUUCGCCAAAGCUUCGAUAAGUUUACCGGCCACAACGACACAAGCCUCAACGGGAUCGUCUGCUACGCCGUCUUCCUCGAAUACCUCGAACAAUUCGGGGAGCGCAACGCCUACCAACGCAUCAUCAGGCGGUCUUAGUACAGGCGCCAAAGCGGGUAUUGGUGCCGGCGUGGGUGCUGUCGCAUUAAUUGCACUCGUGGUACUGGGCCUCUUCCUCUUCCGAAGGAGAAAACGGCGCACCGCAUCAGGUACCCACGAAUUGGCCCCGAACCCCUACAUGCAAGGAUACAAUACCCAAGUCGUUGAAGGCGGCGCGACAAAGUACGGACGCGUGGGAGUCGCCGAGAAAGCGGAACUCGACACAGGCGUGCAGAGGGCUGAGCUGCCUCAACAACCGCCCGCUGAGCUCUCUGGUGGGGAUGUGCCGAAGCAAGGAGUGUCGGGAGCACUUUCGAGCAAGUACAAACCCGAUCGAAGGCUCGAUGGAACAGGAUAA